GUAGUUGUUUGAUUAGUCACACACAAGAUGAAGCUUGCAACAGUAGAGCUAUGCAUUUUCUUGUUCACCACAUCUUGCUUUCUACUCCUUUCAUCAGGGUUCCAAUUCCAUUCUAUGCCUUAUGAUUAUUCUGCUACUACAGAGUGUGUAGCAGAACCUCAGAGGGCACAGUAUGGAGGAGGCAUUAUUGUAAAUCCAGGAUUUGAGCACAGCAUAAAGGGUUGGACAGUGUUUGGAAAUGGAACAAUCGAGGAACGUAUAUCGAAUGGUGGAAAUAGGUUCGUUGUUGCAAGCAACAGAACACAAGCAUUGGAUAGUUUUUCACAGAAGGUCCAACUGAAGAAAGGAAUGAUAUACAUUUUUUCUGCUUGGUUUCAGCUCAGUGAAGGAAGUGACAUUGUGUCGGUUGUAUUUAAAAGAAAUGGAAGUGAAUUGGUACGAGGUGGCCAUGUGAUAGCCAAGCAUGGAUGUUGGUCACUGCUAAAAGGCGGCAUAGUUGCAAACUUUUCAAGCCCUGCUGAGAUUCUUUUCGAGAGCGAGAAUCCAAAUGUGGAAUUAUGGGCUGAUAGUGUCUCCUUACAACCAUUCACCAGAAAUCAAUGGAGAUCACACCAAGACAACAGCAUUGAGAGGGUACGUAAGAGCAGGGUGAGAUUCCAGGUAACUCAUCCAAACAAAACUGCAUUGGAAGGAGCAACAGUUGUUAUCAAACAAACAAAGGCAGAUUUCCCUUUUGGAUGUGCGAUGAACCAUUAUAUCCUCACAAACACCGACUACCAGAGAUGGUUUGUGUCAAGAUUCAAAUACACUACUUUCACUAACGAGAUGAAGUGGUAUAGUACAGAGAAAAUUCAAGGCCAGGAAAACUAUACUAUCCCAGAUGCCAUGCUGAAAUUUGCCAAAGAAAAUGGCAUUUCUGUCAGAGGCCAUAACAUUUUGUGGGACAGUAUAAAUCGUCAGCCUCGUUGGGAUUUGUCCCUGUCUCCUGACGAAUUACGAGAAGCAGCUACAAAAAGAAUGAAUUCUGUGGUCUCAAGGUAUAAGGGACAACUGAUUGCAUGGGACGUGGUGAAUGAGAAUCUCCACUUCAACUUUUUUGAGGACAAACUCGGCGAAAAUGCCUCUGCAGUAUAUUAUUCAGCAGCUUAUCAUCUUGAUCCGAACACGAACAUGUUCUUGAAUGAGUAUAACACCAUUGAAUACAGUCAUGAUAAGGAUGCCAGCCCAGGCAAUUAUAUCAGGAAAAUUAAGCAAAUUCAGCAAUUUCCAGGAACUGAUGGAAUACCAUUGGCCAUAGGGUUGCAAUGCCACUUUGGAAGUGGCAAGCCGAACAUUGCUUACAUGAGGUCAGGUCUAGAUCUUCUUGCUGCAACUGGACUUCCUAUAUGGCUAACAGAAACCAGUAUGGAUCCUCAGCAAAAUCAGGCAGAAUACUUUGAAGAGAUACUAAGAGAGGGUUACUCACAUCCUGCUGUUCAAGGGAUUGUAAUGUUUGUGGGUCCAGAACAGGCCGGUUUCAACAGUACAUUACUUGCAGAUGCAAAUUUUAAAAAUACUCCAACUGGAGACGUUGUGGACAAGCUGAUUCGUGAGUGGGGAACUGGCCCUUAUACAGCCAUAGCAGACAGUAGAGGAAUUAUAGAUAUUUCACUACACCAUGGGGAUUAUGAUGUGACUGUUACACAUCCUCUAACCCAAUACUCCAAAACACUGAAUAUAAAUGUAAGGAAAGGAUUUUCACUGGAUACCAUCCAUGUGAAAAUGCAUGCCUAAAAAGCAACCACCAUUUAAAACUUGAGCAGAAGCAAGCAAAAGUUACCAAUGUCAAUUUUGAAAGAUUUUAAUAAAACCAUUUGCAGUA